AUGUCCUUUUUUUCUUUCUUUCUGUUCAGACUGAUUCCGACCAGGAAAGGUAGGAGCUUUACAGGUUUUUUGCAAUCUAUUGGACCAGUUCUUAGAGAAUUUUCAGCAACUUCAAAUGCUUUGCAAGAUUAUGGUAAAGAGAUUGGUGAUGAUGUUCACAUGCUUUUCAGAUACUGCACUAGACUGCAGUUAGCUAGAUGCCUUCACGCACGUCUUGUUGUGUCUCAAGAAAUCCAAAAUGUUUGCAUCUCUGCUAAACUUGUUAAUCUGUAUUGUUAUCUUGGUAAUGUCGAAAUGGCUAGGCAUGCGUUUGAUCAUAUCAAGAACAGAGAUGUUUAUGCUUGGAAUGCAAUGGUUUCUGGUUAUGUCCGUGUUGGAAACUUCUCGGAAGCUAUUAAGUGUUUUAGUCUCUUCAUGUUGUCUUCUGGACUCCGACCUGAUUACCGCACAUUCCCUUCGGUUUUGAAAGCUUGUAGAUGUUUGAUUGAUGGGUUUAAGAUUCAUUGCUUAGCUUUGAAGUAUGGGUUUGUGUGGGAUGUCUUUGUUGCUGCUUCGUUGAUCCAUUUGUAUUGUCGGUAUGGACCCGUGGCGAAUGCGCGCAGACUGUUUGAUGAAAUGCCCUUUAGAGACUUGGGUUCUUGGAAUGCGAUGCUUUCUGGGUAUUGUCAAAGCGGGAAUGCUAAAGAGGCUUUAACUCUGUCUAAUGAGCUGAAAGUUAUGGAUGCAGUUACUAUUGUAAGUCUCCUUUCGGCUUGUACAGAGGCUGGUGAUUUUAAUAGAGGAGUUAUGAUUCAUUUAUACUCGAUUAAACAUGGCUUGGACUCUGAAUUGUUUGUUUCCAACAAGCUGAUUGAUAUGUAUGCUGAAUCUUGUAAUCUAAAGGGUUGCCAGAAGGUUUUUGAUAGGAUGGUUGUGAGGGAUUUGAUUUCUUGGAAUUCGAUAAUUAAGGCUUACGAGCUGAAUGAGCAGCCGCUUAGAGCGCUUUGGUUGUUUCAGGAGAUGCGGUUGAAUAGAGUUCAACCAGAUUGCCUUACUUUGAUUAGUUUGGCUUCUAUACUUGCACAGUUAGGGGACAUUCGUGCUAGUAGAUCUGUGCAGGGUUUCACUUUGAGGAAAGGCUGGUUCUUGGAAGAUAUUACCGUCGGGAACGCAGUUGUGGAUAUGUAUGCAAAACUAGGCCUUGUAGAUUCAGCAAGAGCAGUGUUUAAUUUGCUCCCGUGUAAAGAUGUGAUUUCGUGGAAUACCAUAAUAUCUGGUUAUGCUCAAAACGGUUUUGCUAGUGAAGCCAUUGAAAUGUAUAACUUGAUGGAAGAAGAAGGUGGAGAUAUAACUGCUAACCAAGGGACUUGGGUUAGCAUUUUGCCCGCUUGUUCUCAGGCUGGAGCAUUGCGUCAAGGUAUGAAAAUCCAUGGCCGUCUCUUGAAGAACGGUCUUUAUUUGGAUGUUUUUGCUGGAACAAGCCUUGCUGAUAUGUAUGGAAAAUGUGGACGACUAGACGAUGCACUCUCUUUGUUUUAUCAAAUUCCCAGAGUCAACUCGGUACCAUGGAACACCUUAAUAGCGUGUCACGGGUUACACGGGCAUGGCGAGAAAGCGAUGAUGCUGUUUAGAGAAAUGCUUGAUGAAGGAGUGAAGCCAGAUCACAUUACAUUUGUGACUCUGUUAUCAGCUUGUAGUCAUUCUGGGCUAGUAGACGAGGGUAAAUGGUGCUUUGAGUUGAUGCAAGCUGAUUAUGGCAUAACACCGAGCUUGAAGCACUACGGUUGUAUGGUAGAUUUGUUUGGUCGAGCUGGUCAGUUAGAAACCGCGUUUAACUUUAUUAAAAGCAUGCCGCUUCAGCCUGAUGCAUCUAUUUGGGGAGCUCUUCUCAGCGCUUGUAGAGUCCAUGGAAACGUCGAUCUUGGCAAGAUCGCAUCUGAGCAUUUGUUCGAGGUUGAACCCGAGCAUGUUGGGUAUCACGUUCUACUGUCAAACAUGUACGCUAGUGCUGGAAAAUGGGAAGGAGUUGAUGAGAUUCGAUCGAUUGCCCGAGGCAAAGGUUUGAGGAAGACGCCAGGUUGGAGCUCAAUGGAAGUAAACAACAAAGUCAAGGUCUUUUACACGGGAAACCAAACGCAUCCAAUGUAUGAAGAAAUCUACAAAGAACUAACGACGUUACACUCGAAAAUGAAGAUGAUUGGGUAUGUACCGGACCAUAGAUUUGUGCUUCAGGACGUAGAAGACGACGAGAAAGAGCAUAUACUCAUGAGUCAUAGUGAAAGAUUAGCUAUUGCGUUUGGACUUAUCGCCACGCCUCCAAAGACGAAGAUUCAGAUAUUUAAGAAUCUAAGAGUAUGCGGCGAUUGCCAUAGCGUAACCAAGUUCAUAUCGAGAAUCACAGAGAGAGAGAUCAUCGUAAGGGAUUCAAACCGGUUUCAUCAUUUCAAGAAUGGAGUUUGCUCUUGUGGUGAUUACUGGUGA